CAAGGAAACUUUCGUCCACGCAACCGAACUUUUGCAGCUCCGCUCCCGCUCCAGUAUUACUUCUCGUCUGGUUCACUGCCGAAGACAAUAUAAGAGCUUUUCUUAUUCCUUUGCCUUUUCCUGUUCCAGUUCCUGGGUUUCCUUCUACUUCUCGAACAAGCCCUCCCUCUGUCGUUUAUCUGUCUCUCUGGGUUCGGUGAAUUCCAGGGGAUACCUAUUUGGGCGCUGUCCACUCGAUUGUUCCUAGGCCGUUUCGUUCGGAGCUCUUGCGUUGCUGGGUCGCGGAACUUUGUUUUAGCAAUUGUUCCUGGGGGAUGGACUGGUUUCCUUUGCAUGCUCUAUGCAUCUGUGAAUGAUGUUCAGUGGGCAGACGAACUCUAAUACCCUCAGGAAAUUUAAUUGGAGAUGGCAUGAGGACUCCACUUUGACAGCAGGCUUGCUUAAGGAUGUGGCACCAGAGAUUGAGCUGUCUGGUUAUGGAAGGAUACCAAGUCCUGGUAGUGAAAGCCCUUCUGGGCUUCUUAAUGGUGAAAGCUUGAACGUGGAGCCAAUUGCUGAUCUGGACUUGUUCUUUGAAAGGCUUUACAGCUAUUACUGUGAGAAGGGCCUUUGGUGCAUUAUUAUAAAAUGGAUAGUUGAGCUUCUGAGCCUUGGUUUCACCAUCUGUUUCUCGGGAUUUUUCUUACUUUAUGUUGACUGGAAUGGUCUACGUAAUGCGAAGUGUGGAAUGGAUGCAGUUGAAUCUGGAACCAAGCCUUGCGACCUUGCAAAAGAAGCUCUUCAUGAGCACCCAUUAACCCCCUUGACUCUAUCAAAAGCCAUAAUUGUUGGAUAUUUGGGAUUGUUUUCCAUCUAUCUGGUCUUCUGUUUCUUCAGGUUUUUCUCUCAGUUGAAGGAGACCCUUAGGAUCCGUCAAUUCUAUCACAACAGUCUUCAUGUGACAGACAAGGAGAUCCAAACUAUGCCAUGGGCAACAGUUCUUGAAAAAAUUGUCCAACUGCAAGCCUCACAACAACUAUGUGUGGUCAAAGACCUAUCAGCUCAUGACAUGGUCAUGCGGUUGAUGCGGAAAGAGAACUACUUGAUUGGGAUGCUCAAUAAAGGGGUACUUGCAUUCCCUAUAUCACAAUGGGUUCCAGGUGCUGGGCCAACAGUCAAAUUUGGUCCAGAUGGAACUCAGUAUCGUUUAGUUCUCACAAAGACUCUUGAAUGGACCUUAAACUGGUGCAUACUGCAGAGCAUGUUUGAUCGAAACUUCUGUGUUAGGAUGGACUUCCUUUCGAAUCCUAAAACACUAAAAAAGCGACUUAUGGUUGUGGGGCUUGCAAUGCUUCUGCUUUCGCCAUUUCUUGUUAUAUUCAUGUUAGUAUAUCUCUUCUUGCGACAUGCUGAGCAGUUCUAUAAUCAUCCUGGCACAGCAUCAUCUAGACGGUGGUCAAAUUUGUCAAGGUGGAUGUUCAGAGAAUUCAAUGAGGUUGACCAUUUGUUCAAGCAUCGAAUCAACAGCAGUAUAGUGCAUGCUUCAGAAUAUCUAAAACAGUUCCCAUCUCCUAUAAUUUCAAUUGUUGCAAAGUUUAUCUCAUUCGUAUCUGGUGGAUUUGCUGCUGUCCUGCUGAUCAUUGCAUUGGUGGAGGAAUCUUUACUCGAGGGCCAUAUUUUCGGGCGCAACUUGUUUUGGUAUGCUGCUGUUUUUGGAACUAUAACAGCUAUCAGUCGGGCUGCAGUGACUGAUGAUCUCCUAGUUCUCGAUCCGGAAGGAACAAUGGCUGUGGUGGUACAGCAUACUCAUUAUAUGCCAAAGAGGUGGCGGUGCAAGGAACAUACUGAGACAGUUAGAAUAGAGUUUGAAACCUUAUUUCAGUAUACUGGUAUGAUGUUACUUGAGGAGAUGGCAUCGAUAUUUCUCACUCCACUCUUGCUUUUAUUUGUUGUACCAAAGCAAGUUGAUGACAUCUUGGAGUUCAUAUCAGAUUUCACAGUGGAUGUCCAGGGUGUAGGCCAUGUUUGUAGUUUUAGUGCCUUUGAUUUUCUAAAUCAUGGCAAUAGCAACUAUGCUUCUCCCUGUAAUGCACCUCGCACUCAAAGGAGUUCUCAGGGAAAGAUGGAAAAAGCAAUGUUGAGUUUCAAGAGUAGCUAUCCUUCAUGGGAACCAAAUGCUCAAGGGAAGCAAUUCCUGCUAAAUCUUCGGAACUUCAGGGAGCAGAAGCUGCAAGGUCCAGGAAUUAGACAUAUGUGUCAGCAUCCUCAAUUGUUACGAGGCAGCCCCCUAAGCCUUAGAAGUGCGGAGGAGAGAAACACGACCUUUUCUCGGGGUGCGCCAUAUUAUACUGCUAGAUUUCAGUUGGAUUCCUUAUGGUUGAUUGAUGUUGAUCAAAAGAAUCAUCAUCCAUAUCUUCUGGAUUGGUACUAUAUGGCCCAACACCACAAUUCGAUGAAUGAUAAUACAAGAGAAGAAGAAUGUACUGUACAACUUGAUGUGAAUGAGCAACAAAUCGAAGAUAUCUGGAACCCUUCCAAUUUGGCACAGGGUGGUGUUGCAAGAUACGAUCAUGAAGACUACUGGGGUGCUCAGCAUGUGGAUGAUCGACUGGGCUCUCAUCUGCAGGCUUCCACGUCUGCUCCAUUCUUUCGGGAGAGUGUGAUCCGGCAUCACGAUUCCACUCACGGUGCUGUUAAUCCUGGUGGAAGCCAUUGGUGGUCCAGAAGCAACUUGCAAGGACGACAGCCGCAGGCAAGUUUCCUGGAGCCCCCUGAUUUCAACAGAUUUGCUCGUGGUAAUCAGUUUGAGAAUUUAUCGGAAAGAAGCAUGGAGGAGCAAGAACAGGACUUGGAGUUAAGGAAUUCACGUAGUGCGUCCAGGACUACUUACAUGUAUGAUGAUGACAUUGAAGCUGGAGGAAGGAAUUUGAGUCUCCAUUUUGAUGAAGUUUAUGCCAGCAGACCUGAAACUAGAACUAUAGAUCAAGACCAUGAAGACCCACCUAGCUUUUAAAGAAAAAUGAUACUUUCUUCAGUCUGAAUGGAAGGUUCUAUGUUCAGAUAUAUGGAAUCGUAGUGGACUUGUGCAGAUUUAGAUUUAAUUGUUGUACAUAAGAUUCAUUUUUAAGGUAGCUUCCUCCAGUCAAUUUUAGGAGUUGGCCACUUCAUUGUGUGUCACCUUCUGAAACUGUAAAGACUAAAGGCGAUCCAAUUGAAAUCCAGCGGAGAUUCGUUGAAUCUUCUGUUAACAUCUACCUUCCUGCUGCUUGGCCAUGGCCGCAAAGUAUUGUUAUGGGGCAUAAGAUAGUCAUUAUUGUUAUGGCCUAUGGGAAUAAAAUCACGUUAUUUAGCGAAA